UCUUUUAAAGUUCCUGGUGGGGGGGGGGUGGUGGGAAGAGUUGUGCGACCUCGACAAAGGAGGAAAACAGCCACAAUUCGACUCAGAGAUAUUUAAGUUCCAGGGUUGAAGUAACAGCAGGGUAGACAUCACUCUAAGGUGAAAACCAAGGUCUCGACUUCCCGAUAACGUCAGAAAAUACAGAAAAUGGCGGAGCCGGACAAAUUAAACAUCGACUCUAUAAUUCAGCGUCUCCUGGAAGUCAAAGGCUCUCGGCCAGGAAAGAAUGUUCAGCUAACGGAGAACGAGAUCCGCGGCCUCUGCCUGAAGUCCCGUGAGAUCUUCCUGAGCCAGCCCAUCCUGCUGGAACUGGAAGCUCCUUUAAAAAUAUGUGGUGAUGUCCAUGGUCAGUACUAUGAUCUCCUCCGGCUCUUUGAAUACGGAGGCUUCCCUCCUGAAAGCAACUACCUGUUCCUGGGGGACUACGUGGACAGAGGGAAGCAGUCCCUGGAGACCAUCUGUCUGCUUCUAGCUUAUAAGAUCAAAUACCCAGAGAACUUUUUCCUGCUGCGUGGCAAUCACGAGUGCGCCUCUAUUAAUCGAAUCUAUGGUUUUUAUGAUGAGUGUAAGCGACGGUAUAACAUAAAGCUGUGGAAGACCUUCACAGACUGCUUCAACUGUUUACCUGUGGCUGCCAUUGUAGAUGAGAAAAUCUUCUGCUGUCACGGAGGCCUCUCUCCGGACCUCCAGUCCAUGGAGCAGAUCCGCAGAGUAAUGCGACCCACAGACGUGCCUGACCAGGGUUUGUUGUGUGACCUGCUGUGGGCAGAUCCAGACAAAGACGUCCUGGGUUGGGGCGAAAACGACCGUGGCGUCUCCUUCACAUUCGGAGCAGAUGUGGUGGCCAAAUUUUUGCACAAACAUGACAUGGACCUAAUAUGCAGGGCGCACCAGGUCGUGGAAGAUGGUUAUGAGUUUUUCGCAAAGAGGCAACUCGUCACUCUGUUCUCAGCGCCCAACUACUGUGGAGAGUUUGACAAUGCUGGUGCCAUGAUGAGUGUGGACGAGACGCUCAUGUGCUCCUUUCAGAUUCUGAAGCCAGCAGAUAAGAAAUUGUAUUCUUUCGGAGGAGGAGGAGGAGUGGGAUUAGGAAGACCGGUCACUCCUCCAAGAAAUUCAGCCAAGGCCGCUAAGGCCAAGAAAUAACACCUGCUGAGUUCCCUUCCUACAACCUUUUCACCCUCUGUUGGCCCAACUUUCUUUUUCUUUUUCUACCUCCUAAUCUUGUUUCUCUUAGUUACCGAAUGGCAACAAAGACGACCAGUGUCCAAUGUUCAUUCGUGUGUUAUAUAUAUUUUGUUUGUUUCUAAAACAAAGUUCAAACGUUUAUCUGGUUAUUUACGUGUGUGUGUGAGAGGGAGAUGUGAGAACGACACAAAGGGAGUUGCUGUAUUCUGUACGUUUUAUUUCCCUUCCUCUUGGUCUUUCUGUUGGUUGCAGAGACGGGUUUGUCCCACUCAUCAUGUAAAUCCUAGCCUGGCUGCAGGGGUGGGAGAGCACAGCGCUGACUGAUUAUGUUAAGGCCAGGCACUGUUCAGCAUUACUUUCAUGCUUUUGUAAAUCAUGUUUCACGUAUUCAUGUAUGUCUUUGAUGGGUGUGUGUGUGUGUGUGUGUGUGUGUGUGUGUGUGGGGUGAUCAUAGAUCAGGUUGCACAGCUGGAAGGUAACGGCACAGGUGGAUCUAUAGAAGUGCAGGUUAAUGCUCGAGUUUGAUGAAUUCACAAUAAGAUGACUUUUUUUUUUUCCUUCUUCCAACUUGAAAAUCGUUUGAGAUGACAUGGAUGUGAUGUAGAGUUGCUCUUUUCUUCAACCUAAUUUUUGUUUUAUUUUUGUAGAUAACUGAAAUGAGUAUGGUUUUAUUUUCCUCUUUCUUUUUUUUUUAGUUUAUUUGAAGCUGAAGAUGAAUAAAAAGUAACCAUUUAUUUGAA